GGAGAAUGAGGAGGCAGCUGGGUGGGGUGCUACGUGGGAGGCUAGAUCUGAGACCAGUCUAUGAGAUUCUGAAAGAAACAGCUGCUAGAAGAUGUUUGUUUUCCCUGGGUGGGCUGUAAGCUUUCCCCCUCCUGAGUCCUUGGUAUGGGCUGCUCUGCCCUCUCACAAGUGUUGGUGAAUGUGGAUUAUUACCAGGAACUAUGUAGGUGUAUGUGGAGGGGUAAGUUACUGCUGAGACUAUUUCUGGUUUUAUAGAUGUGAACAAAACACUGUGUACGGGGAAAGUUGCAGGUGAGGACAGAGUAGAUUUUGAAGUGUAACCCAUUGGGCACAACACAAUUUCAAAGAUUGUGUGGAACCAAAAGGAAGGUCACUAAGCAGAAAAAGCCUCCCAGAACACCUAGCUAACGUUGGAUUAAGUAGACAAUGUCAGUGAGGUAGGUGCAUGGUAUAUAAUAAAGGUGGGUGUGCAGGGAAAAGUGUGGGGAUCUACCGGCCCUGGACUGGAUCCCUCAGCUGGGCUGGGGGAUGGGGAGGGCUGUGGAUUCCUCUCCCACAGUGCCCCUCCCCCACCUCCAGAACCUCUGCCCGACGCUGCCCUCUGUGAGGUGGGCCUGGAACGGUGGUGUGGAAUGUGCACUGUCAGCGUCCAGCUUCUGAUGAUGGGCACCACCUUCUGUGUGUGAGGAGCCUCACGGUGGAAUGGAUGAACUGCAGUUUGGCUUCCUGGGUAUUCCUGCCCUUGACUGCCUUUGUGGGUUGGGGUUCCUCCUUCUGUCUCUGUGCUACCUGAAGACAAACCCAUGUUUCCCAGUAUUCUGCAAUCAGAGAGGCCUCCAUCAGCAAUAUGGCAGAGCCAAGAGGAGGAGGAGGAGAGGGAGAACAUUUAAAGGUUGGAGAACUUGCCAGAGAGAAGCAGAAGAGGGGAGGAAGUUGCUUGCUGCUCUCAAAGGCCCCCUGGGCCAGCAUUACACCAUACACUUUCGACAACUGCUGUGUCCAGACCUGCUCUGUGAGGUGUGUAACACAGCAGCAAAGAAGGUGCGGCGGCUGUCUCCGGCAACCCCGGAAGAUGCUGCGAUCUCGUUGGAUUCCACGGUUCGGCGGUGGAGUCCUCCUCUUUAGGCGUCUCCGGGCUCCCGCACACCUGCUGAAGACGGUCCGAGGUGUGGCUCUCAGAGAUCUUCAGCACUUCACAAAGGCAAAGCCGGCGCUGGUGUGACGCCUGAGCGGAGGGCGGCGCAUCCUCUGCCAACAGCGCGGCCCUUGGGAACACGGAAAUAAAAAGCGUCUUCCUCUGAGAGUGGGAACGGUCUCUGGGCUGCACGGAAGGUGCAGUUUUGAGGAAUCCCAAACACAUCUUUAGGAAAAGGAAGCCUUUACUGUAGCACUCAGUGUGGUUGAUUUUGCCGUAUUUUGCUGCUAAAACCUGACCAGUUCCUUGUAGGGAGUGUGUCAGUGAUCUUGUCAGCCUUAUUUUGGGGUCCUUCCCUUCACCAUUCUCAGAUGUCCUUCAUUUAAAACAUUUUACAUUUUCAUUAAAGUUUUUUACUCUAAAGGCUCUCAAGCCUCUUCAAAGUUAGAAAAAUUUGUAAAAUCUAGAACUUAGCUGAGAUGUCAUUCAUUUAAAACUGUUACUUUUUUCAUAAUUUUUUUCAAUUUUUUAUUAGUACAUUUGCUGUACGUAAUGAUUCCACUCCUUGUGGGGACUUAGUAUACAUGUACAUAACACAUCCUGAGAAUUUUUUUUUGGUACCGGGGAUCGAACUCUGGUCCUUGUGCUUGCGCAGCAGGUGCCGGAACCACUGAGCUAAAUCCCCGGCCCCUCACAUAACACAUCUUAAUUAUUUUUUUAUUCUCUUCCCCUUUUACUCCCCUCCCUCCGUCUUUUGGUCCCCUUACCAUUUGCAAAAAGAUCGGUCUUAUUAUUUCCUACUAUCUUUUAUUUUGCUCCAUAUUUAUAUUUUGGGUUUCUCAUAUCAGAGAAACGUGAUACUGAAGCUUGUAUGUCUGAUUUAUUUCACCUAAAAUUAUGUUCUCAAGGUGCAUCCAUUUUCCUACAUAUAACUAAAGUUUUUCCUUCUUUAUGGCAUAGUAGUACUCCAUUGUGUACUCCACAUUUUCUUUAUCCAUUUACUUGUUGAUGGACAUGCAGGCAACCUCCAAGAUUUAGCUAAUGUGAGUUGUGCUGCCAUAAACAUGAGUAUGCAUAUAUUAUUGUAAUGUGAUCAUAUUCCUUAAUUCUUUGGGGAAGAUAGCUAGAAGGGGAGUAGGUAGGUCAAAUGGAGUUUCUAGUUUAGGUUUUUUGAGGAAUCUCCGUAGUGGUUGCACUAGUUUACAUUCUCACCAACAGUGUAAAGGGUUCCUUUUACCCCACAGCCUUGCCAGCAUUUACUAUUUGAUUUCUUCAUGACAGCCAUUCUUGCUGGGAUAAGGUGGAAUCUUGGUGUUGUUUAAUUUGCAUUUCUCUAAUGGCUGGAGAUGUUGA